AUUACUGCACAGUCACAUGCAUGAUUGUUAUAGUUAAAAAAAUAGAUAUUCCAAACAAAAUUACAUUUCAAAUAGUAAACUAGGAAUCAAUUAAUCUGUAAUUAUAUAAAAAUCUACACUUAAAAUUUCCUGUAUGGUGACGUCAGGCAUUCCUAUGCUAUUACUGAGCUUCUUUAAGGUGGGGCAGGCAGAGUUGCAGCCAUAUUUGAUUCGAAUUUCUUUAUAUUACCUCCGAUUGACAAGAUUUGAUGGCUGCCAUUCGCAAAAAGCUUGUCAUUGUGGGAGAUGGUGCAUGUGGCAAGACAUGCUUGCUCAUUGUCUUCUCCAAAGAUCAGUUCCCUGAAGUAUAUGUCCCCACUGUGUUCGAGAACUAUGUUGCUGACAUCGAAGUUGAUGGCAAACAGGUGGAGUUAGCCUUGUGGGACACAGCUGGCCAGGAAGAUUAUGACAGACUGCGUCCUCUCUCCUACCCCGACACCGACGUCAUUUUAAUGUGCUUUUCAAUAGAUUCCCCUGACUCUCUUGAGAAUAUACCUGAAAAAUGGACUCCAGAAGUGAAGCACUUCUGCCCCAAUGUUCCUAUUAUCCUCGUAGGAAACAAAAAGGAUCUACGCAGCGACUCAAACACCAUCAAAGAGUUGCAGAAGAUGAAGCAGGAGCCUGUGAAGCCUGAGGAAGGUCGAGCAAUGGCCGAAAAAAUCAAUGCCUUUGCUUACCUCGAGUGUUCAGCUAAGACCAAAGAAGGAGUGAGGGAUGUCUUCGAGACCGCCACAAAAGCCGCCCUUGCUGUUAAGAAGAAGAAGAAGCCCAAGUGUGUCAUUUUCUAGGUCUUCAAUCAAAGAAGGUAUGCUAGAGACUCGUCUUCCAACACCUCGAGAAGACGAUCAAGAGCAAAAAUGACCUACAGUCUGGAAGAUAAUGCUACUAUAUAGACAUAUGCCUUCCACCUUUUUGCUACGAAUGCUUGUACUAGCACGUUCGACUCGAAAUAUCUUAUUUUAGUGAUACUCUUUUGACACGAAGCGCGAGUUGUGUUGAGAAAUCUAUUGAGAGGUCGGUGGAUCGCGUCAUCGGUUAUUUGUAUGAUUGUGUGGGUAUUAGGUGCUUUCAUUAUUUUCGUCCAAUACCCUAACUGUAUACUACGCUCCCUCUUUACGUGAUCUCUUGGGUUUCUUACUCUUCGAUUCUGAUCUCAAGACUCACUUCUAAUGCUCUUGGUGCUCAUUGCCUUAUUUUUGGUCGCAAGGCUUGUCUCGAUUCCUUGUAUUUGAUCAUCUGAGGAGCAAUCGAGGCUUCGCUGGCUUCCAUUAGCAACCAUUGCAGUGUUGUUCUCUAGUAUGCUUCCUCUCCUGCAAAUAUGUUAUUUUACUGCGCUUUUCUCCUAGUUCCAGACCCUUAGUCGACAAAAAUUGUUUGAAAAAUACCUAUUUAAUUUGAUGUUUGAAGGGAGAACAUUUAGUUAUUGAAUUACCUAUGUUAUGAAGGAUCAUAAUGGAUUGUUGUUUGGGAUUUCAUUGAAGGCAUGGCGCUCAGUACAAGCGGUCAUGUGGCUGCUUUGCCUGCGUCUCUGGUUGCUGCUCCAGAAGUUGACUCUUAACUUGCAGUUGCCUGCAUUUGCACGAGGCUGUAACUUAUUGUAAUUUAUGCUUUUGUUAACUAGAGCGAUCCUAGUUAUCGAAUGUGUGAGAAUACGGCAUUAUAUCAUUUUCCUAUUGAUGACUAAGUGACAGAAAAGUGAAACUUUUUACAAUCGCUUUGAUUCUGUCUUGACUUGAUGUCCUCGGUUGAUUUUUUGCAAUGGUCCCGCAGAAGUUUUGUGUUGGUAGAUUGUGAAAUGACUGUAUUGACUAACAUUUUUCUGGGCGUAUUUCAACGCUUAAAAAUGGAAAUUUGUCUCGCUGGUAUAACUUGGCCUGCCUUUGAAGUUUUAACGCUAAUAUAACUUUAAGUUGUUGCCCCUCUUUCUGUCCGCUUGUUCCUAGGCUGACAAUCUAGAAUCGUUCUCAGCCAACGUUUUGUCCAUAUUUUUCGUGAGGCUUAAUUUUCUCUGUGUCAGUGUUGAAGAGGCGGUCUGGCCCUGAACAUUCGGAACGAAUACAUAUAAUUAAAAGGAAAAUUAACAUUUCAAAUAUCAUUGAGUGUUACGGUGACACUAGCAAUUUCAAUGAGUCUUUGGUGCAUUAAUUUCGAAGGAUAUGUUACAACUUGAACAUAGAAGCAAGAAAAAUUCGUUGUCUGUGUUCAGAGACUUGCCGUUUUCUUUUAUGUGUGCAGUCGUCGUCUUGGUAGGUUAUUGCCCUGGCGUUUAUCAAGCGUCAUUUCGAAUGUCGUUUCCCCUGCUAUGUAUUGUACAAGAAGAAAAGUUGUCCGUAAGAAUUUAUCUGCCAUAAAUGAUUUCUUUCACAAAGAACAGAAGCGUGACACUCCAGGUGCUUGACGUCGAUUAACGCAAUCAACGAUUUGAAGCGUCUUGAUUUGUGCUAGUUGGCCCGGUUUAGUUAAAAACUAUGACUCGCAGCUAAGGAUUUAUCUUUUGAGGUCAACAUCGUGACUGUUCUAUUGCAUUUGUAAGUAUUGCGAGUUUUAUGGACAUGAUUUGUAACUAUCAAUGAAUGUAGCAACUUCCAAUUUCUGUCUAAAAGUAAGUGAAUGGUGCUCUUGAUCAGAUCCAAUUAUUCACCGUACGGAGUACUGUUGCUACACAUGUCACUUAGAGCUCGUUUGAGGAGACUGGGAUGCAGUUGAACUCGAUUAUAAAUCAUGCGUGCCCUGUUAAUCGUACAUUACACUGCCUAAUCAUAUUAUUCUUACUUAUUAUAGUUACCCAUACAUUACUUUCGCUCACUUGCUUAGUUCUACAAUUGGUUUAGAGAAAAAUUUUAAAUUGUGGUGUCAAAAACUAUUGUAAAAUAUUGAUGCCAUAGUUGCUGCAUUACAGAAGUGCUAAAUUGUUCGGUUUAUCCUUUUGUAAUAAACAUAUAUAUGUAUCAUA